GUUUACUCGUAACGCCAAAUUUCUUCCUUAGCUCUUUUUUGCAUCUUCUAUGUUCUCAUGAUAUAUGACUUGAUUAAUGUUAUGAUCCUGCUUUCUUCAAACUUUAGUCGUGUGUGCCGCACCCAUUUGCUCAGAAGUAGUUUCCGGUCACGACAUCCGGCAUUUUCGGCCAUGCUUCAUAGUUCUAUGCUUUUUUCUCGGAAAAUUGAAGAGGAAUCACUCAGUCGUUUUAAUGCGCUGCGGUACUAUCCAGUACACAUCGGCGAACAGAUACACAACAGAUAUACCCCCGCUGCCAAAUUGGGUUAUGGAGGAUAUUCAACCGUCUGGCUCUGUCAUGAUACGUUAGAAAGUUCCUACAAGACUCUCAAAGUCGGCACGUUACGAAAAGAAAACGAUAAAAGUCCCAAUGAGAUUAUGGUCUCGAAGUAUCUUAAAUCCAAAUCCUUGGAUCACAACGGACGGUAUUGUGUUAGAAGAACAUGUGAUUAUUUCGAAAUCGAGGCUCCAAACGGCUACCACCCAUGCUUUGUUUACGAACCGCUCGGAAACAGCCUAUUGGAGUACGUUGAACUGCAGCCCGAAAAAGUAGUUAAUCUGCCUCAAGUCAAGUGGAUUACUACAUACCUCUUGCAUGCGCUAGAUUACCUCCAUCAGUCGGGUGUGGUGCAUACAGAUGUCAAACUCAAUAAUGUCCUAUGUACACUACCAGAAAAUGGCAACGAGAUCCUGCAAGGAUUAGUUGACAAUGAGAGUCAGAAUCCAAGCCCUCGCAAGGUAGUGGACGAUGGAUACACGAUUUACGAGUCUAAAAAGCUAAGUUACGAUAAUCCUCUCGGCUUUCCCAUCCUUUGCGAUUUAGGAAUGGGUGUCUACGGCAAAGAAAAGUAUACUGGGGUUGUUCAACCCAUCCCGUAUCGUGCUCCAGAAGUAAUCUUGCGGAUGAGAUGGGAUUCCAGCAUUGAUAUUUGGAAUUUGGGAGUCUUGGUAUGGGAGCUUCUCUGUGGAGAAUUCUUAUUUGGGCACGAUAACGAGCGCGAUACUUUGUCAACAAUGAUUUCAUACCUCGGCCCUCCUCCAGAGCGCUUUAUCGAUGUCAGUCCUGUACGCUCGACGUACUUUGAUGAUCGCGGGUCGUGGAAUGGUUUCGUAAUUGAAUCAAUUCCGCUAAAAGAAAGAUUAGAAGGCACUGGUGACAUAGAUCUUUUUCUCGAUUUCUUGAUGUCUACGCUCGACUGGGAGCCCGGGAGGCGAAAAAGUGCUGCGCAACUUCUACACCAUCCAUGGCUUAGUCCUGAUUCAUAAUUCAUGAAGAGGAUAAGCGUGCACAAUAUGGUCACGGCUUGGGAGGUGUUAGAAAAUCUAAAUUAUAAGAACGUUUUCUUGUGCCAGUAUGAUUGUAUUGUCAUUGUGACUAGUCAAUGGAG